CUCGCGAGAGAUAUUUAAUGCCGCGUCUUCUUUCCCAAGUCACCGACGCUGUGCGCAUCGCUGACCUGAAUUCCUUCAACUCGAGAGGAGGGGGAGGAGAAGCGAGGCCGGAGUAGAAUUCCGAAAAACUAGGAUCCAUGGCGAACAUCGACAUCGAUGGGAUCUUGAAGGAGCUGCCCAACGAUGGGCGGGUGCCGAAGACGAAGAUUGUAUGCACGCUGGGGCCGGCAUCCAGGUCGGUGCCGAUGUUGGAGAAGCUGCUGAGAGCUGGCAUGAACGUCGCCAGGUUCAACUUCUCGCAUGGAACCCAUGAGUACCACCAGGAGACCAUCGACAACCUUAGGAUCGCCAUGCAGAACACCCAGAUAUUGUGCGCCGUCAUGCUCGACACCAAGGGUCCCGAGAUUCGUACUGGCUUCCUGAAGGAUGGAAAACCAAUCAAACUUAAGGAAGGUCAAGAAGUUACAGUCACCACUGAUUACAGCAUCAAGGGCGAUGAGAACAUGAUUUCUAUGAGUUACAAGAAGCUUCCUGUAGAUGUAAAACCUGGAAAUACUAUUUUGUGUGCUGAUGGUACCAUAACCUUGACUGUCCUGUCAUGCGACCCGGAUGCUGGGACUGUGAGAUGCCGUUGCCAGAACACAGCAACAUUAGGUGAGAGGAAAAAUGUUAAUCUUCCAGGUGUUGUGGUUGAUCUCCCCACACUGACUGAGAAAGAUAAGGAAGACAUCAUGGGGUGGGGUGUUCCAAACAAUAUUGAUAUGAUUGCUGUAUCAUUUGUGCGCAAGGGGUCGGAUCUUGUUACUGUUCGUCAGUUUCUUGGGCCAUAUGCAAGACACAUAAAGCUGAUGUCGAAGGUUGAGAACCAGGAAGGUGUAAUCAAUUUCGAUGAGAUCUUGAAGGAGACAGAUUCUUUCAUGGUUGCUCGAGGUGAUCUUGGGAUGGAGAUACCUGUUGAGAAGAUAUUUCUUGCUCAAAAGAUGAUGAUAUACAAAUGCAACCUUCUCGGAAAGCCUGUUGUCACCGCCACCCAAAUGCUUGAAUCAAUGAUCAAGUCCCCCCGUCCAACACGUGCUGAAGCUACAGAUGUUGCAAAUGCUGUUCUAGACGGCACAGAUUGUGUCAUGCUCAGUGGUGAAAGUGCAGCUGGUGCUUAUCCUGAGCUGGCAGUGAAGAUUAUGGCCAGGAUAUGUGUCGAGGCUGAGUCCUCCUUAGAUUAUGAGGCCAUUUUUAAGGAGAUGAUAAGGUCUACUCCUCUGCCCAUGAGCCCACUGGAGAGUCUUGCAUCUUCGGCUGUCCAGACGGCGAACAAAGCCAAGGCCCAGUUGAUUGUAGUCUUGACUCGUGGUGGAACCACAGCCAAAUUGGUUGCUAAAUAUCGACCAAGAGUUCCAAUCCUUUCAGUUGUGGUUCCUGUGCUGACCACAGAUUCAUUCGACUGGUCUGUCAGUGAUGAAUCACCCGCAAGGCAAAGUCUCAUUUAUAGAGGACUUAUUCCAUUACUUGCAGAAGGUUCUGCUAAGGCUACGGAUUCUGAGUCAACAGAGGUGAUCCUUCAUGCCGCACUCAAGUCAGCAGUGGAGAGACAGCUUUGCAAACCAGGUGAUUCUGUUGUUGCACUCCACCGAAUCGGUGUUGCUUCUGUCAUAAAGAUCUGCAUUGUUAAGUGAUUGAGGAAGUUGCUCGCUGCAACUGAAAUCGCUGUUGUUCCUUUUGUCGUAUGUAGCAAUCAUCUUUCCAAGCUCAGCAUGCUGCUUUCAGGCAUGUUAUUCUUAACAUAAUGAGCUGGUCAUUGGAGAAAGAGAACUCCAUUUCUAGUGCAUUGUUUCCAUGUUGUUUUGUGAUUCCUAGAACCAUGCUUCCAUCUGGCUUCAGGCCAGCUGAUACAGACAGAGGUGCUUAUAUUUUCUGUUGAAAUUGAUUCCAAUAAAAGGUGCAUGUGGAAAAAGACUGUCAGUUAACAAGAUCAA